GAUGUGAAAUGGCAGGACGACGAUCUGUUCUCGCUACUGUUGAAUCCCUAUCAGGAUCUUUAGGGAACCAGCAUUCAAAUAAUAGUAGCAAUAGUAUUGGUACUGCUUCUAAUAAUAAUAUUAAUAAUAAUAAUAAUAUCAAUAAUAUUAAUAAUAAUAAUAAUAGUAUUAGUGGUGGUAAUAAUAAUAAUAAUAGUAAUAAUAAUACAGUGGAUCCAUUGCAAGAAUUAUUUGAAGCCUGCAAGAAUGGAGAUUUACCUCGAAUUAAAAAAUUGGUAACACAAAAAACAGUCAAUGCUAGAGAUACUUCUGGUAGAAAGUCGACACCUCUUCAUUUUGCUGCUGGUUACGGGAGGAGAGAAAUAGUCGAGUUUUUGUUAUCAGCUGGUGCCUCGAUCCAGGCUAGAGAUGACGGUGGGUUACAUCCGCUGCACAAUGCCUGUUCAUUUGGACACUGCGAUGUGGUGAGACUGCUGCUGGAGGCUGGUGCUAAUCCUAACACUAGAGAUAAUUGGAAUUAUACUCCGCUCCAUGAGGCUGCUAUCAAAGGUAAAAUAGACGUAUGUAUCGCAUUACUCCAACACGGUGCGGAUCCAAAUAUUCGCAACACCGAGGGUAAAACAGCCGUCGAAUUAGCCGAUCCGUCCACAACAAAGCCUGUCCUUACCGGGGAAUACCGUAAAGACGAAUUGCUCGAAGCAGCGCGUUCAGGUAACGAAGAAAAGCUUCUUCAGCUGCUCAACCCCCUAAACGUAAACUGCCACGCAAGUGACGGUCGUCGCUCCACCCCAUUGCACCUCGCCGCGGGGUACAAUCGUGCGCGCGUAGUUCAAAUUUUAUUACAAAAUGGCGCGGACGUUCACGCGAAAGACAAAGGGGGUCUCGUUCCCCUGCACAACGCCUGUUCCUACGGGCACUUCGAAGUGACCGAGGCGUUGCUCAAACACGGGGCAGCAGUGAACGCGAGCGACCUCUGGGCCUUCACGCCUCUGCACGAAGCAGCCAGCAAAUCACGAGCCGAAGUGUGUUCGCUGUUGCUAAGCGAGGGCGCCGACCCCACGCAACUAAACUGCCACGGCAAGAGCGCCAUCGACGUGGCGCCAUCUCUCGAGCUCCAAGAGCGACUCGCUUACGAAUUCAAAGGCCACUGCCUCCUGGACGCCUGUCGGCAAGCGGAUUCCACAAAACUCAAAAAAUAUUUGUCCCCCGAAAUGGUCAACUUCAAACACCCCUUCACUGGAGACACUCCACUGCACGUCGCCAUCUCCGCAGUUAGCUCGACUUCCUGCUCAGCGUCCUCGUCCCCGACCCCGUACCACCCUAAGCGCAAGCAAGUGAUCGAGACCCUGAUCCGCAAAAACGCAGCCUUAAACGAAAAGAACAAAGACUUCCUGACCCCGCUGCACGUCGCUGCUGACCGUUCCUACUACGAAGCCAUGGAAAUCCUUCUGCGCAACAACGCGAGGGUCAAUGCCCUAGACAACCUGGGUCAAACUGCGCUGCAUCGUUGCGCCCGAGACAAUAACGCGCAGGCAGUAAAAAUCCUACUGGCUUACAACGUCGACCCCUCGAUCGUUUCCUUGCACGGGUACACGGCCGCCCAAUUGGCCAACGAGAGUGUCGCCCAGUUGCUAGAGAACCCCCCGAGUUCCCCGACGACCACCAACAACAACAGCACCAGCUGCCUGGUAGACAUCCAGCUUCUAGAAGCUUCCAAAGCCGGUGACCUGGGCGCCGUCGAGCGAAUCCUAACCUCUAAUCCCCUAGCAGUAAAUUGCCGUGACCUCGACGGCCGACACUCGACCCCACUGCACUUCGCCGCAGGUUACAACCGCGUUCCCGUCGUCGAGUACCUUCUGUCCCAUGGAGCCGACGUCCAUGCUAAAGACAAAGGGGGUCUCGUUCCCCUGCACAACGCCUGUUCCUACGGCCACUACGAGGUCACCGAGCUCCUGGUGAAACACGGGGCCUCGGUCAACGUCGCCGAUCUCUGGAAAUUUACUCCUCUCCACGAAGCCGCCGCCAAAGGAAAGUACGAAAUAGUCCGGCUGCUACUUCGCCACGGCGCGGAUGCUACUAAAAAGAACCGCGACAACGCGACCCCGCUUGACCUUGUCCGCGAUGGAGACCAAGAUGUCGCUGACCUUCUGCGUGGCAACAGCGCGCUUUUGGACGCUGCUAAAAAAGGCAACUUGUCCAGGGUUCAAAAGCUCCUGUCUCCCGACAACAUCAACUGUCGCGACGCCCAAGGAAGAAACAGCACUCCGCUACAUCUAGCGGCGGGUUACAACAACCUCGAAGUAGCUGAAUAUCUGCUAGAACGUGGCGCUGACGUGAAUGCCCAAGACAAAGGCGGUCUCAUUCCCCUCCACAACGCGUCCAGUUACGGCCAUCUUGACAUCGCGGCCCUGCUGAUAAAAUACAACACAGUAGUGAACGCCACUGACAAAUGGGGCUUCACUCCGCUGCAUGAAGCAGCACAGAAAGGUCGCACACAGCUGUGCGCACUUCUGCUUGCUCAUGGUGCGGAUCCGUUUCUCAAGAACCAGGAGGGCCAGAGUCCAAUUGACCUGUCAAGUGCCGAUGACGUUCGCUGUCUGCUGCAAGACGCCAUGGCCUCGCAGCAAAUGGUCCCCGCGUCCAGUCUCGUGAACCUGGGGAAUGUCGCCAUAAACUCUACGCUCCUAAGACGUCAGUCCUCGAACAUCCAGGUGUCCACGACCAUCACGGGGUUGAUUAACACGACGACAUCUUCGCCUGCUUCAUCUCCGACCCCUUCGGCCUCGACCCUAAUCCAUGAGACAGUCAUAAUGCCCUCCGGUGCGGCCAUGACACUCUGCGUUCCUCUGGCGACAUCUAGGAACAUCAACACAGAAGCUCUUAAUCCGAUCCCGCCUAUUUUGGAGACUUGGUCGCUUGACCACAAGGAAGAUCGCAGCGCGGUGACGAACAUCGCAAGUUUUUUGAAGAGUUUGGGGUUAGAGCACUUGCUAGAACUCUUUGAUCGCGAGCAGAUAACUCUGGACAUACUUGCAGAGAUGGGUCAUGAGGAUUUGAAGCAGGUUGGGGUAACUGCUUACGGUUACAGGCACAAACUCAUCAAGGGAAUGGACAAACUUCUGAAUUCUGCGACCAGUACUGCGCUUUGGCAGCCAUCUUUGAGCUCGUCUCCGGGAACUUUGCUGGUGGAUUUGCUGGUUGAUGACAAGGAGUUCCUGGCAGUGGAAGAGGAAAUGCAGAGCACGAUACGCGAGCAUCGGGACAAUGGUCAUUCUGGUGGGAUUUUCUUGAGGUACAACAUUGUAAGGAUCCAGAAGGUACAGAACCGGAAACUGUGGGAACGAUACGCUCAUAGAAGACAGGAAGUCGCUGAGGAAGUGAUUGCAGCUGGGCCUUGCAUCACUUCGUCGCCUACUUCAGGUUCUGGUGCUGGAGCUAAUGGAACUGGAACAGGAACUGGGAAUGGGAAUGGGACUAGGGCGACACCUACUCCGGCGACGACGAUACCUCAAGCUAAUGAACGAAUGCUGUUUCAUGGCUCGUCGUUUAUUAAUGCUAUUGUGCAGAAAGGAUUUGAUGAACGACACGCUUACAUUGGCGGAAUGUUUGGCGCUGGAAUUUAUUUUGCUGAGCAUAGCAGCAAAAGUAAUCAAUAUGUCUAUGGAAUUUGUGGGGGAACUGGUUGUCCGGCACACAAGGAUCGCUCUUGCUACAUUUGUCACAGGCACUUGUUACUCUGUCGAGUGACCCUAGGAAAAUCAUUCCUCCAGUUUUCGGCCAUGAAAAUGGCCCACGCACCACCAGGUCACCACAGCGUAAUGGGCAAACCCUCUCAAGGCGGACUGGCCUUCCCCGAGUACGUUGUCUACCGCGGCGAGCAGGCCUACCCCGAAUAUCUGAUAACUUAUCAAAUAGUGAGGCCUCAAGACGCAAGUGGCGCCACCGGUGCACCCGAAACAGAACCGGACCCCAGUAGGUGAGAUGACCAGAGUGGGGGUAAAGUUGGCCCUGCCUUCAGACUACGUCGUCUCUGCUGCUGCCAACCGUCGCCUUCCACUUCAAACCUCAAGAUCGUCUCUCAUUAAUCGACCCAAGCUAACCUAACUUAAUUAUUAAUUAAUCUAAUUACGCUUCAUAAUUAAAGUAUAAAAUAAUUAGUGUAAUUUAUGUAAAAUAUGUAAUUUUAGGUGGCGGUUAUAAAUGACUACGUGUGAUAUUUUUAUUUUAUACACAUUAAUUAAUUAAUUAAUUAAUUAAUUUUUUUUUUCACAUUUUAUUAAUUAAUUCAUUUUAAUUUAUUGUUAUAUCACACUAUUAUUA